GACUUUCAUGCCCAACGUGAGGAUCUAUUUCCAGAAAGUCCAGAUGAAGGAGACAUGUCUGCGCCCGGGCUAACAGAGACUCACGAAGAAAUCGUGCCUACUAAAAUCGGUGAUGGCGACAUGAUUCUCGUAAAAAUCUCCAAUCCAGAGAAAGUUGGAGAUGGAAUGUCCGCUUUCAUUGUUUAUACAGUGAAAACUAUGACAACGAUGUCUUAUUUCAAAAAGGGUACCAUGUGUGUUCAGCGGCGGUUUUCCGACUUCCUCGGGCUUUAUGAGAAACUAAAAGAAAAGUAUCUUCCUAAGGGUGUAAUAAUUCCGUAUCCUCCUGAGAAAAACGUGAUUGGUAGUUUUUGUUACAUGAACCAGUUAUCGAGUAGAGGCGUCAAGCUCUGGAAUGGUACUGUUUUCUUCGCAUUUUAUCUGCUCUUUAGUUUCAUCAAUCGCAUCACUACCCAUCCUGUUCUCCGACAAGACCCCUCAGUAAUCGAGUUUCUGGAAUUUGAAGGCGAAUUGCCGAAACAUUCCAGCACGCAAGUCAUUUCUGGUGCGACGGCGAAGCGGAUUAUCCGAAACGUCGGUGAGGCAGUAGGAAAAUUAACUUUUAAAAUGGAGGAAACUGACGAGGUGAGAAUUUUAUCCAUUUUGAUGUUCCUAUCCAUCUUCUCAUAG